UCUACUCUUUGCCUCUUACUCCUAGCCUCUCCCCCCAUUACCUUUUGUCACUACAUUUUCAGCUGCUCUCUCUCUCUCUCUCUCUCUCUCUCUCUCUCUCUGUUCCCUCCAAUUAGGGCUUCCUCUUUCAGGUAUAUCUCGCCUCCAGUAACAAAUCUUUUAUGCUUUCCCCUUCAAUUGGCUAAGUCUAGCUAGCUAGUAGAUAUAUUUCCUGGAAGGAGCAAAGAACACAUACAGCUAGCUCUUAAUUACUUGCAAGAGCUCCACAAGGGAAAGAAAAAAGUUUUGGUGUGCAGUGAAAUAUUUUAAAAUGGCAUCCUCCAGCUCCUCCUAUAACUCUCCAUGCGCUGCCUGCAAGUUCUUGAGAAGGAAAUGCAUGCCGGGCUGCAUUUUUGCACCGUAUUUCCCACCAGAGGAGCCCCAAAAAUUUGCAAACGUCCACAAGAUCUUCGGGGCUAGCAAUGUCACCAAACUUCUUAACGAGCUCCUGCCUCACCAGCGUGAGGACGCCGUGAACUCCCUGGCCUAUGAGGCCGAGGCACGUGUCAGGGACCCGGUCUAUGGCUGUGUUGGUGCCAUUUCUUUCCUCCAAAGACAGGUCCAGAGGCUCCAGAAGGAGCUCGAUGCCGCUAAUGCUGAUCUUAUUCACUAUGCCUGCAAUGAACUCACAACAACUGUGUUGCCUCCUCCUACUACUGCAUCAAUGGCCGGGACAUAUUCGGUAAUUCAGCCGAAUAUGGAUCCUCAGAGAAGGUUGGUUGAUCAACCUCAUCAUCAUCAUCAGUAUUACCAACAAACUAGUACCACAACUAGUAAUGCUCCUGGAGUCGGUUUCCCAGUACCUUAUCUUCCAUGGAAUGGAGGAGGAGGAGGAGGUAGUGGUGAUGGAGGAGGAGAGGGCAGAAUGUGAUUUGAGAUUUGGGGUUUUGAGGUUUUGAGGUUUGAGACCCUAGCUAUAGCUCAUCAAAAUAAUUGACAGAGGUAAAUAAAAUCCAAUUUAGCUAGGGUUUGGUGGUGUCAGUCAUGUGUGGUAUACUAUAGAUAUAUGUUUAUAAUUUGUUGUAGUAGAACUCAGCAGGGUCUCUAUGCCUAGCCUCACGUGUAGUAGUACUGCUACUGUGAUCUUCUAUAUUUAUAGCCAAAUAGAUGGCUUUAGUAGUUUCAUUGUUUCCCAAGCAUAACUUGGUGGGUUCGUUGCUAGCUGUAUACCUGAAUUAUAUAUUCUUCUACCUAAAUAAGGCUUUGCUUAAAUCAAUAAUAUUGGAUCAUCUAAAUAUGGCAA